GGUAAUGAGGAGCUCGCUCGCCAAGGCACGCAGUGGAGAGAAAUGCCCACAAAAACGCACCCACAAGUUCGACUUUUGUGUCCCCGACGACUUCGAGCACCGCUCCUUUCUAGACUCCAGCUCGACCGCUUCCCAUGAUUGGCCACUCCAUUCCUGAAUACAUCUUCAUCCGCCUUUGCAUCGUCUGCCUCCGCCUCGUCGCACCGCUAAGCAUCGCAUACGUCGCCGCAAGUUGUUACACCGGGCGUUGGGUCUAUUCAUACUGGUUGAGCAACUAUGCAUGCACAGAAGCUUUUUUCUAUCUAUUUGUGUAUGUGCCUCGGGGUUAUUGGCUGCAGAAGACCGCGAAACAUCCCGAGCCACUAACCAGAGAAGAACGGCAAGCUCUCUUCGCAAAGUGCUUCGCCUGCGUACGUGACACCGACCUCGCCACGGGCUGGUUUUAUUUCCCGCCCCUACGCGCGAUACGCCGCGAGAAUGUCAUCGAAUGGAUCCUCUGGGCCUUCUUCUCGUCCACACGUGACCAACUCGUCGAAGAAUGGUGGGCCGAAAUCGAAGACUACAUCCGUGCUUUAGAGACACUUCUCGGCCGCAACAUUGAGCCCGGGCGGAAUGAAGAAAUCAAGUGUAUGAAGGUUUCAUUGGAUCCUGUUUAUGCACUCCAUAGACCAAUGAUCUGGUACUCUAUUGUUUUCAUAGUAGACAUAUACACGUCCCUAUACCUUGCCCACCACGACUUCAAACAUUAUACCCUCCAUAGAUGGUUCUGCUACUUUCCCACUCGCAUAUUCAACGCUCUGUGGAGUCGCUCUCCACACCCGGAACUUUGCUAUUGGUAUCGUCCGCAUCGCUCGAAGACAAAGAAGCCUAUCAUAUUUUUUCACGGGAUCGGGAUCGGGCUAUGGCCUUACGCUUCAUUCCUCCGGGAGCUUGCCGCGCAAGAUCCUGACGUCGGGAUCCUUGCCUUCGAAAUCCUGUCCGUCAGCAUGCGCAUUUCCCCACCACCGCUCCCCAGGCCUGCUAUGCUAAAUGCCAUCAAGCUCGUCCUCGCGUUCCACAACAUCAAUUCUUUCGUCGUCUGUGGGCACUCUUAUGGCACGGUCGUCUCCACGCACAUCAUGCGCUCACCCGAAAUUUCGAAGCGCGUCACUGCGUGGCUGCUCGUGGACCCAAUCCCGUUCCUGCUGCAUCAGCCCGCUGUUGCGUACAAUUUUGUGUACCGGCCGCCAAAGACUGCGAACGAGUGGCAGCUGUGGUACUUUGCUUCGCGGGACCCAGAUAUCGCGCGCACCCUGGCUCGACACUUCUUCUGGGCAGAGAACAUUCUCUGGCGCGAAGACAUCGUCGGGCGCCGCGUCGGCGUCGUGCUUAGCGGGCGCGACCAGGUCGUCAACGCCGGGGAAGUGCGUCGGUACCUCACGCAAGGUGCUGAUCCCGAGUUCUGCUGGGUGAGCGAGGACAGCAUGCUCGAGGUUCUGUGGUACCCCAAUCUGGAUCACUCGAAGGUGUUCGACACUCACCGAGAUCGAAAACCCAUGGUGGAGAUGAUGGGGCGGUUCGUCGCGGGAAGCGCGCCGGGGCCGGGGCCAGAACCGGCAAACUAGGUGCGAUUGCGAGCGAUUGAAUGGACUUGUCGUCUGUACACACACCCUUCUGUACUGCGUUUCCACCUCUCUGUGCGAUUUGCAUUCGCUUCAGUGCUUUUGCUGACGAACUUCACGUGUUGUAGGUGUUGAAGCGAGCGCAGUGCUCAUUGUAUACAGUUCAUGAAUUAGAACCUUACGUCCGAAAUACGAAUCCUUCCGAUGGUCUUGGUCCCGUCUCUUCUUUGUAAUGUCAGGCGUGAAAGUCCCGCUGCAGGGCUACUGCGAAGCCCGGUGUCCCUCGGUUGCUCGCGCCCGCCAGACGCCCCAACACAAAUGUGUGCUGAGUCAGCUGACGUACCAACGAAAAUCCCAUACGUAUUGUGUGUAUGUGCUAGCCUUCACUUGAGAUGUUCU